GUUUCUUGAAUGCUGAAUGCUGGAGCUUAGGUAGAAGGACAGAAGCAAAAAGAUUUCAAUAUGAGGGACCCACUGACAGAUUGUUCGUAUAAUAAAGUGUACAAGAAUCUAAAGGAGUUUUCUCAAAAUGGAGAGAAUUUCUGCAAGCAGGUCACAUCCAUUCUUCAGCAAAGGGCAAACUUGGAGAUUAACUAUGCCAAAGGACUUCAGAAACUAGCAAUCAAGUUAAGCAAAGCAUUACAGAGCACCAAAAAAAACUGUCUCGUCAGUGCCUGGGCCUGGGUCUCAGAGGGCAUGAAAUCCGCCGCGGACCUGCAUCAAAAACUUGGCAAAGCAAUUGAGUUGGAAGCAAUAAAACCAACUCAUCAAGCCCUGAGUGUACAUGAAAAGAAGAGAAAAUCACUUGAUAAUGAAGUUGAAAAGGCAGCAAAUCUUGUCAUUAGCAACUGGAAUCAACAAAUCAAGGCCAAAAAGAAAUUAAUGGUUAGUACCAAAAAGCAUGAAGCACUUUCCCAUCUUGUAGAAAGCUCCAAGCAAACUGUGACUAAGAAGGAGAAGCAGAAGCUCCUCAGUAAACUGAAAAAAUCGACUGAGAAGUUGGCAAAAGAAGAUGAAAGUUAUUACCAAAAAAACAUGGCUGGCUGUGCUACCAGACUGAAGUGGGAAAACACUCUAGAAAACUGUUACCAGAGCAUCCUGGAGCUGGAGAAGGAAAGAAUUAAACUUUUAUACAAUAACUUAAACCAGUACAGCCAGCAUAUAUCUGUUUUUGGCCAAACCCUGACCACAUGCCACACGCAGAUUCACUGUGCCGUCAGCAAGAUAGAUGUUGAAAAAGACAUCCAGGCUCUCAUGGAAGAAACUGCAGUUUCAUCCACAGAAAAUAAAUCUGAAUUCCUAUUAACUGAUUACUUUGAAGAAGAUCUUAACAAUGCAAUGAAUAAAGAGCGACAAGAGUCUUCAAUAAAAUCAAAACUCCUGAGACUGCAAAAAGAUAUCGAAAAAGCCUCAAGAGACCGGGCAGGUUUGGAACAAAUGCUGCAAUCCUCCUCCAGCGACUCCACCUUCUCCGACACAGAGAGCCAAAGAAUCACUGCAGCCUUAAUGGACGAGACCAAUUUGAAACUAGACCUUUUGCAAGCAAACUCCUACAAACUGUCAUCAGUGCUAGCAGAGCUUGAGCAAAGACCUCAACCCAACCAUCCCUGCAGUAACUCCAUCUUCAGGUGGAAAGAAAAGCAACAGACACAUAGUUAUGUGAAAAUAUCUCGGCCUUUUCGAAUGAAGGUGAGCAGGGCAUCUUCUGCUGGGCAGAGAAUCCCGAGUGCUUCAUCUGCAGCCUCGGGUGUGGCCCAGCUUGGCAGUGGUCUUUGCAAGGCUUUAUAUUCUUUUCAGGCCAGACAAGAUGAUGAACUGAAUUUGGAAAAAGGCGACAUUGUGACUAUAUACAAGAAAGGAGAAGAAGGAUGGUGGUUUGGUUCUUUGAACGGAAAAAGGGGCCAUUUUCCUGCUGCUUACGUGGAGGAGCUCCCUUCAAAUGCUGGGAACCCGGCUACACAGGCAUAAAACAAGAUUCUGAACAUACUGCCUUACUCUGUAAACUACAAUGCGGUGCAAAUAAAGAUAAAUGCUGACAUCUUUACAGACAGGUAAUGCAGUCCCACCUGUGAGUCACGGCACUUUGCAUUCUUGUUUAUUUGAUUGAAACUGAGUUAAGAGAUGGGGAGCAAAGGGAGAAAAGAAAAAGACCUGGCAGUUCCUAGAGUUCUGAAAUCCUAGGAGACCCUAGUGAUGCCCCAGCACAGCUCCUGGUGUCACCCAGAGGGAGACAGAGUUUAGAUCAUUCAGCCACUUGCCUGAAGCCACACAGUUUUCUGGUCACACAACAGAGAUUGGGACUUAGAUGUCUUUAUCAUCUGGAUUAUGUGCCCACAGGCCAGAGCAGACCUGUGAGGGGUCAGGCAGUGUCUGUGGGAUGAGGAAAAACAGAUUAAGUUCGGCAGAGCCUUGGCAGAUAAGACCCCAGGGAGAUGGGCCCAGGUUAGAAGAGGGUUGAAUAAAGGAUCAGGAGUGGAGGCCAAGAGCCCCUACGAUCAGGAGAGGGGAUGGUAGACAGGAGGUCUGAUACUUGGUGGAGGAGCUCAGGGUAGGAGCUCCCUCCUGAGCCAACAACCUUCUGAGGUAGUGGCUUCUCACAUACCUUCUAUGCACAGCCAGAACUGCUCUUAGCAGAGAGCUCUGAGCCAGAGAUGGCUUGGGGUCUGAAAGCAAGAGCAAGGUGGAUGGGAAAGGUUGAGAAGGAGACAGUGCCUGAAAUCUCUUGCCUCCUUGUCCAUUUGGAAACUUCAUAUACCAAUCUAGAGGCAUGAAACUUGUACUUCCCAAUUAGUCUGUAUGAAAAGAAUACCCUCAGCAGCUUCCUAGUGGGAGGAACCUUAAACACUAAUGAAUCUCUCUGGAUGGAAAGUUCUGGAAACCAACAUUUACUGUUAAAAUGGAGUAUUUAGAGAGAAGCAGCUUUAUGCUCCUUCCCCAAAUGCCCUUUAAUGGGUAAAGAUUGGGGAUGGGAGAACGGAGCCUCAGAUGCUUCUCAAGAGGAACAUUUUGGAAUGGAGAGAAGUGGUGUAGCAGCAUCUUUCAGAAAAUGACCUAAGUCAGCCUGGAGAUUACACUUUAUUGAAUGGAAGGUCAUAGUGUUGAUAGAAACAUCUGGGCAUUUUCCUUUGUGUGUAAUAGUCUGACAUUAGAGUAAUUAAAGUCUAUUCCAUUACUGUCCUGCCACCUACAUCUUUUUCUUUAUUUAUUAAAUUUUAUACUCUCAAAAAGGAAUUUUUCAAACCAAGGUGCAUGCAUUUUUAAUACUCUGCACCACUGCACGCCUAUGGCAGGAUAUAACGAGCACAUAGAUAUAUUUAUAGAUAGAGAUACCAGACCUGAAGGAGCUCAGGUAAAUUUGUUAUGUGAGACAUAACUUACAGCCUAGAAGAGCAGAUCAGAAGUUUUAAUGUCAUCCUUAAUGGUGUGCUAAUGAAGGCUUUCUACAUGUAGAAAGUUGACUGAAUAAUAGGCCAUUAGACCAUGAACAGAAAAUUUGAAUUUAUAUUUCCUCUUCAUCUUACUUCUUUCCAUUAAGCCUUGAUGUAUAAAAAAUUGUGUAGCAAUUGACUGCAGCCUGCAAUGGAUCAUUUGUGUAGAGAAAGUGAUGGUAAUCGUGGUUGGGCCCUGAAACUCACUGGAAGUAAUUUUCAAAGAAAGACGCCCCUCUUUCUUCAUAAAUCAGUUUUACUUUGGGAAACCAUAAAUGAUUUUCCUGUUUUGCAAUGUUGCUGAAAAUUCUUUUUGCAUCUGUGACAUAUAAUUUUUAAACCUCAAAGAAAUACUAUAGGCAAGCUGUAUAUACAAAUAUAGUUGGGCAGGACAGACUUGUUGAAUAUCUUUUUAGUAGGGCAAGAAUUUUCUGAUUGGACAGGUGGGAAUGGUAGCCCUUAUGUUUAGAUGAAAAGUCAUAUUGUGAAGGUUAAUGAUGUACACAAGUCUUCCAUACAGAAUAAAAUAACUUUUAAUAUUAA